GUUUUGUUAUUGUUGUUGUAGUGUGUAUUUAUUUGUUGUAUACAUCUCUCGCUCCCUCAAGUUUUUCUUUUUGCCGUCGCAUCCACGUAUCCGAGUGAACGAAUGAGGGAGAGAGAGAGAGAAGAGAGCGAGAGAGCGUGUUUGUGUGCGUAUGCUGUGUGUUGCCUAGGCGGCCGAGAGAAAGAUUCCGAAUUUCCGAACAAUCAAAUCAGUAACACAACAAUAGAUUGAUAGCGUGGAAGCAGAUCACACGUGUGCUUGGCGCUCUCACAGUCUACACUGAUAUAUUCACGGUAAUAGGCGAUAUCACUGAAAUUCUUUCUGACGUGUGGCAUAAUCCCGGCAAUAAUGUAAAUCCAACCAUAGCGAGAGAUUUUUUUUAAAAAAAAAAGAAGAACAAUGGAAACAUUUGGUGCAAAAAACUUGUAAAGAAUUAUGGAAAUCGUUUAGAAAACAAUCGAGAGCAAAUUGUAGUCAAAUGAAAAACAAUAAACGAAAAAACUAGUUUUUCAAUUUGUGACUUAUACUGUUCCAGCUAAGAAUUGACAGAGUUUUUCGAAUCUAAAAAAAAACUGAAAAAUCGUGCAAAAUAAAGCCGAAUACAAAGCGUUGAGUGAAAACUAAACUCCAAAGAAACAAAACAAAAAUUGUGUUUUGACAUUUUGUGCAUAGUUGAUGUGCUCGUGCUGGUUCUUAAUUGAACAAUAAAGUUUGCGAAACGCAAACACAAGAAACCAAAAUUUGUUUAUUAGUGAAUUUUUUUCAAAAAAAAAAGUCAAAAGAUCGAAAAAAACGUUCAAUUGAACAAUUGAUUAAAAAAAACAUUAAAUCAGUUUGUGACACACGAAACGGCAAACGACAAGAGGAAAUUUUCUGGAGCUGUAGCGUAAAAGUGCUGGCGAGUGUGUAUUGCUUUCAAAAGAUCCAUAUAUUGCAAGACUGGAGCAUUGCGUGAACAAUUAAUAGCCAAAAACAGACAAAAACCAGCAGCGUUUGCAGUUUAUAGUAUAUGGCAAUGCGCAAAUGCGUGCAUGUUGCAUCAUCGAUAUCGAGAGCGAGUAAACGAGCGCGAGACAGUGAUUGAGAGAACGAGAGAGACAAAGUAGAAUGACGGUGAUUAUACUAUAGAAAAAGCGACUGUAUUUAAGCUAUAAGCAUUAUUUUGAAUACAUACUAUGGCAGAGAAAAAUGAGCAAUGUCUUCAAAGCGAAAAUCACCACCGACUAAAUUAGAAGGAGGCUGUCAACCUACGACUACAACCAUUGCGCACAAUUUGGCAACAUUAAAUCAAAAAAAUUCAACACAUCAUCACGAUAAGGACAACGCCACCACACUCAUUAAAUCACACACCGAAAACGAACUAUUCAAUAGCAAUUCAGACAACAACAAAGAUUGUGAUAUUAUUGACACGGCUGAUAUUUCAACGGCUGACAUCGAUAACAACGAUCACAAUAACAACGACGACGAUGCAAACGAUAAUUGUGACACAGUCAACACACUAUCAUCAGAUGGUUUUGACGCAAAAAAUGUGUUGUCAUGCAUAGCUAAAAUUGACAACAUUAAAUCGAAAUUAACAAGUGAAACGCGUCUACAGGAAGAUAAUAUUGAAAAGAUCAACACGAGACAAUCGAUUGACGAACGAAAUAAUAACAGUGAUUAUGAAGAGCCGUGUAAACGACCAAAGAUCGACGUAGGAUUCUGCUCACCAAUUCAUUCGCAUUUAGAAAAGCGGGACGCUGCAUCUCCAUCAAGUAAAAAUUCAGAAGACUUAGAAAUCAACCGAACUGAAGCCCAAAGUAAAGAGUCGCGUAACGACAUCCAAACCAUAGCAACGCGACCAAGUGAUAACAAUAACAUUGACCACAAAUACGAUGACAAUGACGACGAUGUGGAUAAUGAAAAAAAUAUUGUCAACAGCGACGAUGACACCGAUGUUAAUGAUGUUUUAGUGAAGUGUACAAGUGAUAAAGUAAAUAAAUUAAAGUGUUCUGCAUUGGACAAUGAUGAUAUUGUAGACAAUGUACAACAAACGUCGCAUAAAUUGAGUGAAAACAUUUCUAGUGAUUUAAUAAAUAACGGUAAUAAAUUAAGUGAUAAUAGCAUUGCCACCAAAAUUGAAGAGGAUCCAACAACACGAAAUCGAGCUAUUGAACAGGCGCACGAUUUUAUAUUGAAAAUUUUUAGCGAUCAGUGCGAUAUACAACGGAAUUCAACAAACGCGGCUGAUCGAUUUCAAUUACCGAAAUAUGAUAUCGCAUUCCAAGAUAUGACAUCGUCAACAGGCAUCGCCAAUCAAAUGAAUACCGCCGCGUCAACAACACAACAACAGACAACCACAACAACCACAAAAAACUCUAGUAAUUUUCAUAAUAACAAUAAUUGUAGUAAUAAUAACAACAGCAGUAACACAAAAUUAGACAAUAUUCUAAAGCGUUUAACCGCGGUGACAAAAAACAGUGGUGCGCAACGUGAUAACCAUCGACAACAACACAAGCAACAGCUACAUAGCCAGGAAAAAAUGUCCAACGAUGAUGAAACCACAACCAACAAAAAUCAGACGUCAAUAUUAAAGCAAAGUGAAAACAUGGUGUCAGACCGUAUUCCAGAUCGUAAAGUGGCCAAUAUUGCAGCGUCUCUAGUUGCUGCUGCUGCGGCCACAGCUAAUGGAAGCAUCGACGAAAAAGAACGAGAACUUAAUGAAGUGAUUACCGGACUGCAAAUAUUGCGCGAAGAACUCAUUCGACGGAAUACAUUAGAUGGAAUGGCAAGCAAUGCUGGAGCAAAUUCGUCGCCAAAUUUACUUGAAAGCGGAGCAUCAAAGCCCGAUUGGAAUCGAUUGAGUUUGGAAAAUUUGCAGGAAUUGAAGAAUCGAAUUUUUUCACAGGGUUUCAGUGUUGAUAAUAUGGCGGCCAAAAAUCCAUUCUUACCAACGCUGCCAUAUUUACAUCGAGCUGCACAAUUUCCCAUUGUUCCACCGACAUUUGAUACAGCGGCCGCAUUUUCAUAUUUGGCACAAAUGACAGCCACCGCAAAUGCCAUACACUCCAUGCCCGAUUCAAAUGCAGUUGCCGCCGCAAUGGCAGCCUCACAAAUAAAAAAAGAAAAAUCGAUAACACCACCAUUAAACCAUCGAAUGGCGCAAUCAGCCACACCAUCGCCAUCACAAUCAAAUUACGAUAAUUCGGAUGCACCAUUGAAUUUGUCCAAACCAAAGCAAUCGUUUGCCAAUCACUUGAGUCGCUCGGCGUCAAAGAGUGGCAAAUACGAUCAUCAAAUUCAGGGAAGUGCAAAUAAAGUGGAUCAAAUGCGAACAAGUAUUAUGGAAAAUAGUGCAGCAUUAGAGGCAACGCUGCGAAACAGCAAUAAUAAUGGACAAAAUAAUAAUGUGGUGUCAUCGUUGCAUCGUGCAUUUAUGCCAUAUUCACAGGCCACUGUAGCAGCAAUGAAUGCAGUGAAUUCGUCCACAAAUCAUAAGCAAUUGGGUUUCCAUCAUCAAUUAACGUCAUCGAUUGCUGAUAUGGCCAAUGUUGGUAAUAAUGCUGGCGGAAAUUUAAUGGUCGAUGAACCGGAUAUGAUGAGUGUUUGGUCAAGUCAUGCACAUCACUCACAUCAUGAUCAUGACGAUCAUCGAAAUGGUUUAAAAAUUGGCUUCCACGAUCAAAACAAUGCACAAAAAUCCGGCACCACUCAUAUGGACGAAGAGAAAGUACGAAUGGUACGCCAAUCACGUGGUAAUCGAAAUUCGGCCGGCAAUAGCAAUUCAAAUAAUUCGGCACAUAAUUUAAGCGAUUCACCAUGCGGCAUUUCAGACGGUCUCGGUAACAGUAUUAGUGGUGGUGGCGGCGGCGGUGGUAGUAAAGCUCAUAUAAAACGACCAAUGAAUGCAUUUAUGGUGUGGGCUAAAGACGAACGCCGUAAAAUACUUAAAGCAUGUCCCGAUAUGCACAAUUCAAACAUUUCGAAAAUUUUGGGCGCUCGAUGGAAAGCCAUGACCAAUGCUGAUAAACAACCAUACUACGAAGAACAAUCACGUCUAUCGAAGUUGCAUAUGGAACAACAUCCCGACUAUCGUUAUCGACCACGACCAAAACGAACCUGUAUCGUUGACGGAAAAAAGAUGCGCAUCUCAGAAUAUAAAUUAUUAAUGCGAAAUCGACGCGCCGAAAUGCGACAGCUAUGGUGCCGAGAUGGAUCUAGCGCUGGAUCUGUUGGAGCCAAUGGAAGUGAAAAUGUUGGAUUCUUGCACGAUAUGUCCGUUGCAUCAACGUCAGGUGGUGGUGGAAGCGGUAGCGGCCGAUCUGGUUCACCAAAUCAAUAUUAUUAUCCAUAUCCACCUGAUAGCAUAUCACCAUCCGGGUUCUCAUCCGAACUUGAUUCACGUGACGACGAAUGACUUUUCAAAUCAUUUUUGAACUGACUGAUUUGAACUGGGCCAAAUGCGUCCAGAAGUGCUUUGUCCACCUGAGAUAUAUAUAGAUCGGUGAUCAAACAUUCCGGCAGGUCAAUCUAAUCCUAGACGAAAAACAAAAAGAAAAACUCUCUUAAAUUAAUUUUGUGUAUGGUAAAAUGAGCAAAACAAUAAACAGAUGGAAAAUAUUUAUGUGCGUUGACAUCCAGUCAACAAUCGGCAGUGCAUAAAGAAAUUUGAGCAUUGAACGUUGAGAAAGAAAGAGAGUGAGAGAGGAUCAAGUUUUUUUGUUUAAAAAAACACAAUUUUAAAACUCAAUGAAAGAGGCAGAAAAUAGUGCAAAACAAGACGAUUCGUGUAACUUUAACAAUAUAAGGUAAAACACAUUUGGAGGAAGAAGAAAAAAAAACAAACAAACAAACAUUGCUCUUAAGUUUGAUAAAUAAUAAGGUUAAGUUUCUUUGAUUUAAAUAAAUAAAUAUAAAAUGAAUUUAAAAAAAUGAGGAUAAAUACAUCCCAGUGAACAGAUAUAAAUAAUUAAUAAAUUUAAUAACGUCCCAAGAGAAUUGGACACGAAAGAUACGGCAAUGAUACCAAGAAGCUCAUCAUAGCUCAAUCCGCACGUACAAAACGACAAUUUUUUUGAGACAAAAAGCAAACAACUGAGCAUUAAAUGUAUGCGUAAAAUUCAUUGAAUGCAUGUAAAUAUGAAUAAAAUACACUUUCAUUGUUCCUCCAAA